AGUUGUCAAAUAGGGCAGAACACACACCCUGACUCCACACACACUGUCAGACUCUGCUCACUCCUUCUCUGGGAUGAGUUUUGUUGUCCAUGGCUGCCCCGACAGCAAGCGGAUGGGGGUAACCGUGGAAUGCCCUGGCUAGAGGAGGGAUGAAGAGAUGGACAAAGACAAGAGGAAGUUUAAAGUCAGUCAGUUAUUGAGAUUCUACCUGUUCAAGAGGCAGCACAGUAAGGCUUUAGCAAAUGCCACUCAGUCCAGAGAGGAGACUAACAGCACCACAAACUCGGCUCAGUGUAAUGCUGCUUUAACCGAUGAGUAUGCGACGUGGACGGAAGAUGGUGACAUCAAGGAGAUCAACAUCACGCAUGUUGUUAAAGAGGGGGCAGAGAAAGCAGACCCCUCGCAGUUCGAGCUGCUCAAAGUGUUGGGGCAGGGCUCCUUUGGAAAGGUGUUUUUGGUACGAAAGGUAACCCCUCCCGACAGUAACCAGCUCUAUGCCAUGAAGGUCCUGAGAAAGGCCACACUCAAAGUGAGGGAUCGUGUGAGAACAAAAAUGGAGAGGGACAUCCUGGCAGACGUCAACCAUCCGUUUGUGGUUAAACUCCAUUAUGCUUUUCAGACUGAGGGUAAACUCUAUCUGAUUUUGGACUUCCUCAGAGGAGGGGAUCUAUUCACCAGGCUGUCAAAAGAGGUGAUGUUUACAGAAGAAGAUGUGAAGUUUUAUCUAGCUGAACUGGCACUGGGUCUUGAUCACCUGCACGGUCUCGGCAUUAUCUACAGAGAUCUCAAACCUGAGAAUAUCCUCCUGGAUGAAGAGGGACAUAUCAAACUCACAGAUUUUGGACUGUGUAAGGAGGCUAUCGACCAUGAGAAGAAGGCUUACUCCUUCUGUGGGACGGUGGAGUACAUGGCUCCAGAGGUGGUUAACCGGCAGGGACACACGCACAGCGCUGACUGGUGGUCAUUUGGCGUUCUGAUGUUUGAGAUGCUUACAGGUUCACUGCCAUUCCAGGGAAAAGACAGAAAAGAAACAAUGAAUCUCAUCCUGAAAGCAAGGUUAGGGAUGCCUCAGUUCCUGAGUGCUGAGGCUCAGAGCUUACUUAGAGCUCUGUUCAAGAGGAACCCUACAAACAGACUGGGUAAAGAAUACACAAUCAGAUUGUUUUAUAAACUUUUUAGACGAGAAAUAAAACCUCCAUUUAAGCCAGCUGUGGCCAGACCUGACGACACCUUUUACUUUGACUCAGAAUUCACUUCUCGUACCCCUAAAGAUUCCCCAGGCGUUCCCCCCAGUGCAGGGGCUCAUCAGCUUUUCCGGGGCUUCAGCUUUGUUGCCACGGCGAUGCUAGAGGAGGAGGGCAAAGAAGAGCCCUCUCAGCCCCCUCCACACCCUGUGGUACAGCAGCUUCAUGGUAAGAACAUCUUGUUCAGUGACGGUUACAUACUGAAGGAGGACAUCGGCAUGGGCUCUUUCUCUGUCUGCAAGCGCUGCAUACACAAAGCAACCAACACAGAGUAUGCAGUAAAGGUGAUUGAUAAAACAAGCACCGACCCAUCAGAAGAGAUUGAGAUCCUGCUGAGAUACGGCCAGCACCCCAACAUCAUCACUCUCAAAGAUGUGUACGAUAAUGGGAAGCAGGUGUACCUGGUCACUGAGCUGAUGCGAGGAGGCGAACUGCUGGAUAGAAUCCUCAAGCAGAAGUUUUUCUCAGAAAGGGAGGCUAGUGCUGUGCUGCACACUAUCACAAAGACUGUGGAAUACUUGCACUGUCAAGGGGUUGUGCACAGGGACCUGAAGCCAAGUAAUAUUCUAUAUGUUGAUGAGUCUGGAAAUCCAGAAUCUCUGCGCAUCUGUGAUUUCGGUUUUGCCAAGCAGCUCCGGGCAGACAAUGGUCUCCUCAUGACACCCUGCUAUACUGCCAACUUUGUAGCACCCGAGGUACUGAAAAGACAGGGCUAUGAUGAGGGCUGUGACAUUUGGAGUCUUGGAGUAUUACUAUACACUAUGCUUGCUGGUUUUACACCAUUUGCUAACGGACCAGAAGAUACUCCAGAAGAGAUUCUGAGUCGGAUAGGGAGCGGGCGCUUUACUCUGACAGGAGGCAACUGGGACGCUGUGUCUGAUGCUGCCAAAGAUCUGGUCUCUAAGAUGCUUCACGUGGAUCCUCACCAGCGACUCACAGCCAAGCAGGUCCUGAAGCAUCCAUGGAUCAUUCAAAGAGACAAACUUCCCAACAGCCAGCUACAACAUCAAGAUGCCAAGCUUGUCAAGGGGGCGAUGGCCGCCACAUACUCAGCACUAAAGAGUUCCCAACCACCCCCUGAGCUGAAGCCCAUCGAGUCCUCAUUUCUGGCGCAGAGACGGGUGAAAAAGCUUCCUUCCACAUCUCUGUAGAGACCGAGGGAAGGAGACGUGAAGAACUCCAGACUGAAUGCAGUUGUGGAAAGGAUGGAUGUAUGAAAGAACCACACUGAAGCUCUACAGACUAAAGACGGUCUCUUGAACCUGCCCAUGACAUCAGCACUGCAGUGGAGCUGUCAAGCAAGCUAGGCAAGGGUGGUGAUUGGCUGAUGAAGUUUGAGGGGCGUGGCCAGUGAGGAUUCCGUUCUCCCUUAGAAGUAGGGGUGUGUGUUUGUGUGUGCGUGCGUAUGAGAGAGAGAAAGAGAGAGAGAAUUCAAAAAACCGGGUAAAGGAUAAUGUUAUAAAAUAGAUGAUAUUCCCAGUGCAUUUGUCUUGGUACUGUAAUACCUAAAUAUCAACACUGCUGAAUUUUUGUUAGUUUUGCAUUUUGUAAAUUCUUUUUUUUUUUUACCUCUAUAGUUUGUUCAACUGGAUUUCAUGUUUGAUCUGUCUUUUCAGCUGUUCUGCUUCCCAUUGUCGAGUAGAUCUCUCUUAGUCAGUCUUUUACUAAAAGCUCAAAGCGGCCUUUAGUGAGAAUCAGAGAUGAUCCGGUAUAAUAUUUCACCCACAUGGUCGAGUAAAGGUUAAAUAUAUCUUCCAUAAUGAUCCUCUGAGCAUGUUCACACGACUAAACAUAGUCAUAGACUAAACAUAACCUAAACAUAGUGGAGAAUGGAAGUGCUUUCUGCAUGGAUUUGUACAAUGCUGUCUUGUUUCUUUCUUGUUUUCCCCAACCCGGCACUUUUGCUUGGUGAACCUGUCAGCACUGGUGAGGACUGUUCAGAAAAUGUCUUCUCGUGUGUUUAUUAAAGUAAAGAAUGAAAAAAGUGUGUACGUGAGAUGACAUCUGAAGCUUGUGGCAUGGAAAAAUGUUGCUCUUGUUAGAUCAGUGCUUUUUUUGGAUAUUGACUGCUGUCUCCUGUGCUUUGAUUUUGAUGUUGUUGUUUUUUUUUGCUUAAAGAGAAGUUAUUUUAUAAAGGCACAUUGAGCACAAACGUGUAUAAAUAUGACAGCUGAGGAAAUGAUUUAAUGAUUGUGUAUAUUUUUACUCCUUGUUCUCCCGGCAUUCAGAUGCCUAGUGUGGUUGGAACUAUCAACUUUAUUGUGCUCAGGCUGUUCUUAGCGAUGCCUUGCAAAUUCAUGAAGCCUUGUCUUGCAAGUAUUGCACCCUUAUCCAGUCAAACGCAUCUUCAAAGUUUUAGGAUGUGCUUGGAGUGUUGUUUUGCUUUUCCCUUUCCACAAUUCUUGAAUUAAAAAUUCUGAAAAAGUCAGUGCUCUGACAUAAAGAAUUAGAAAAGCACCUAUUUUUGAUUGUGUUUGACUAUUAAAAUGAAGAGUUUUACUAGUAAUAGCUCACUCCAAAAUGAAAAUUGUAAUUUACUCACCCUCGUGUCUUUCCAAACCUGCAUUGUAAGACUGUCUUUAUUCCACAGAAAAUAUCAUGUCCAACCUAUAUUUUUAGGACCAAGAAUUCACUUAAGAAUUCAUCCAACUGGAAAGAAUAUCAUGGCCAUUCUACUAUAAAUAGAACGUUACACAGGUUUGGAAUUGCACUGAAAUGCACAGAAUAUUCAUUCAUUAUUCCUUUAAAUCUUUCAGUCACUUUAAAAAAAAAACGUAACUGGAACAGAAUUUGGAAUUGUCUAAAGUAUUAAAAAUAAAAAAACGUAGGCCUA